AUGCAUCUAUGGAGCCUCUCGGCCCUAGUCCUCACAGCCACCAUUAGAUGUGUCACAUUCGCCACGCCAAUUGUCGGACCUCAGUCUCUACCCCGAAAUCACGUGCAAUGCAACGCCGCGAACGAACUCUGCCAAGUCCAGCAAACAUGCGAUAACGCACCAUCUAUUGUUGCUGGAACCGUGCCGAAACCUUGGCCCUCCUCUGUCGCAACAUUGGUCAACCCUGUGCCUGCGCUCGAGACCCUCGCCAAUGGUGCCAGUGGGGUUUCCGCCUCUCGCAGUCUCGAAACUCGGCUACAAAACACAGUCCAGUGGUGCGCCCUAGGCACCGAAGUAUAUAUCCUGCUCGUCCUACAAGGGACCCAAGGCGCAGCGGCAAUCAAGAGCACACUGGGGACUGCUAUACGACAAGUGGAAACCCAAAUGGAUACGCAGACAGCCAACGAAAGCGAGACGGGCAUAGCGGCUGGCAGUGCACCAGUGUACAGUCUCGCUGGAGCAGUGGGCUCGAACGCAAAGAUUACGGCGACUAAUACGGCAGGGGUCAAUAUGACUUGGGUGGAGCUGGAAUUGGGCCUGCUGAUGAUAGUGGAUUGGAUGGACAACAAUUCUUACGGAUGGGGUAGUGCGAGUGUUUGGGAUGGAGCGGAUGAGGUGGGGUUGGUUUACAUCACUGUUUAG